CGCCUUUCGCCCGGGUGCUCGCGGGGCGAACCGCGGGGUCGAGUUGCCCGACAACGCUGUGACGAAUGUAAUUUGGAAGCUCGCUCACAAUCUUGACAUCGGCAAGGGCGUUGAUUUUGAUUUCAACAAGCCGUACCUCAAAGAACUGCAGAAGCUUGUGCCUUCGGCCCCCACAGUUGAGGUGCGCUCCACUCACGGUCGCUGCCCCCGGUGCCACAUUGCAGAACUCCAGAAGUGCGCACCGAAGACAAGCAGCCGGGUGGUCUUCAAUGUUCAACGGCGCAAUGGCGGCAAGAUGGUUCUGGAGACCCGGCACCGCGUUAACGCCAUGGGCACCGGGAUCCAGAACGCCUCCUUCUCGGAGGAAUACUGCCCCAAGUGCGCCUCGCAUUCCCUCGGGCAGUGGCAGUGCGAGAAGCGCGACAGCAGUAGCGGGCGAGGGACUUACGGGAAGAUGAUAAACAUCAAGCUCGUUUCGGGGUCCAGCUCCCUCAAGUAUUUCUUCGUUCCGCGCGAGAAGGCUUGGCGCGCCGUCGACGCGAAGCUAUUGCAGUUCCUCGCGGACGAGCUACACCACAGUGGGGGGACAUUCGAUUCCGCAGUUCUGGCAUGGAGCGAGCAACGCACUGAGCUCGCGCAGCGAGGGCUGAUUCCUGACGAAGACUUGACGCUUCUACGAGCCAAUGGCGUUCGCUUGGAGGACGCUUGGCAUGCGCACCGCGCUGCCCGCCUUGCCGGCGGCGCCGCGUCCGAACUCGCGUGGUCUUUCACCAGGGGCGGCUUGGAGUCGACGUUGCUCGCCCUCGCGCCAGCCGCGCGCCGAGCCCACGUCGAGAGCGCCGUCGAGCACGCCCGCACUUGCCCGAAGUGUGCCGGCGAUCUCCUUGUCCUUCUGGACGGGAAAUACGGCGCGCGCCGAUUCGUAUGUGGCGGGCUGGGCGGUUGCGAAAACAUGGGCACGCGGCAGAUGGAACUCUGCACGGGGUGUCUGAAGAACGCCCCCGCCGGGCGAUUCCUCUGCGCUCAAUGUCAGACGGCGCGCGCUGGACAGAACAAUCUCAUCCCGCAGACGCAGCUUUUGGGCAUCGCUCCCGCGACCGCCCCUGACGGCGAAGUGUCUGCCCUGAAAUACUUGGUGCGCUGCUCGGGCCCGGGCGAUCCGAGCGAGACCUUCGACGCCUUCCUGCCGAGGGCAGAAGUAUCACAAGAGCUGCUAGCAACCUACGAGAAGUCUCUGCUUCCAGCAAAUGGAGACCAUGGGGACAAGAAGGCGCGGCCUGCGAGACUCAAAAGCCACCGACAGGUCACGCGCUGGCCGAAGGCGCAGAACCCAGCGUGCCGAGGGGGCGCCAGCCGCGGGGCCGCCGCCGCUGCUCGCGGCCGAGGCGCGGGCGGCCGCGCGGCCGCCAGGGAGCGAGGCGGCGCCCGGGGGCGCCGCGGCCGCGGUCGCACUUCCGCGGCGACGGCCCGUUCCCGCCGACCAGCGGCAGCAGGGCUGCCAAGGAAGUGGAAGGCGCCCGCGCCGAAGCGAGCUGGCCGCCCCGAUUUCACGGCCGCCCGCUCCUCUGCGCCGCAGCCGCCGAGUCGCCCCACGCGCGGCGGCGGCGGCGACGCUGCAGGUGCGAAGCGCCAGCUUUGCCGCGGCUGGCUUGCGCUGGACAAGGCUCCGACAAAAGUCCGGAGAUGCACUGGCGGUAUUAUGACGGCCGUCACGUCUUGCGGCUGGCUCAUGGAUUGGAUGGAGCUGAACCGCGGCGAAUCCAUCGUGGUCGCGUACGCCUUCGCCUUGCGGCUCCACAAGGGCGCCCAGGGCCCCAGCUGCGUCGUCGGGUGGCUCGGCUACGACAACGCCUGCAAGUUGCUCUCCAUGGCACGCGUCAAGAAAGAUGAUUUUUUGCCGUGGACGAAAUCGCUGGCUGAGGAAGUGCGCAUUGUCCUGGACGGUUUCCACAGGGACAUCCACACGUGGUGUCUGAAUGCGCUCCCGAAAGUUGACCCGCUGCAGCCGGCGAACGAAAAAUUUGUGGCGUUGAAGAACACGGAGGCUUGCGAGCAGCUCAAUGCGCGGACCAGCUCCCGGACGCGCAUGCGCCUCGAGAUGGCGAGAGCCCACUUCCAGCUCCACUGGUGGAUAUCAAGCGCAUUGAUGUUCGCGCUGUGUUUCCGCAUUGCGGGCGUCGCCGGGGAGGUCGCGCGGCGCGCGUCGCCGGUGAUGCGGGCCAUCGCGACUGCGCUGGGGAAGGCGACGUCGCUGCGCCCCUCCUGCGUGCACGUCCACAUCCUGUUCCUCAUUGCGACGGCGUUCGGCGCCGUCCAGCUCAAGUGCGGCGGGAUCCUUGCGCGCCACUGCAACGUGCUCAUGCUGCAGCACGGCGAGCCGGGAGAUGGCAAGUCCAUUGCCUUGUGGUUCGACGUUCAGAUCCUGUCCUACUACGACCAGGUGGGAGAGGCCCGCGCCCAGCGGAGGUACGACGCCGCUGUCGAGAGGCAUGAGCGAGACCCGGCGCAAGAGGAUGCCGCGUUCCUGGCGCUGCACGAGGGGAAGACGCGGCUGCCCCAGACGUUCGACAGCGGGCCUGGCGGCGGCAUUGAUGACCUCAACCAAAUCCACCACCACGACCUCUACAAUAAUCACCCCGGUAGCAGCCAAAACAGGUUCCGCGUCAGGAGCCCGCACUUGCGCGGGGCAGUCAUGAUGCACGUCGAGGAGGUUUAUGACCAGGCGCAGAAACCAGACUCAACAGAGGGCAUGAUGAGCUUCCUCGUGGGCCACUUCAUCGCGGUGGUCAACAAGAUCUUGCCCGACUUGCCCCCGCCGCAACUUGCCCGGAUCCUGGGUAGCGACCCGAAUUACUUCAACGAUCUGACCUACGACGACGUCGUGGACGGGCUGGGGGGGGGGGUCAUGCUGGUCUCGUCUCUCCUGUCCCCGAAGGGCAAGGAGCGCCGUGACGAGAGGGGCUCGAGCUACCGCUUCUCCAGAGUUCGCGGGGCGCACUUCCUGCCCUGGGCCCCGGAAGUCAAGGGGCACUUCCGCGCCGAGUUCAACAAGUCUGCCGAUUUCGUCCGCGGCGAGGCCCGGGCGUCCAAGGGGGAAAACGAGGGCAGCGGAUAUUCCGCCGUCCGGAAGGACAUGGCGCGGGCGCCCCAGUUCAUUCCGCCGAUCGACGCGGGGGGGAAAGUGGUGGGAUUCCCCCUGAGGAAGGCCGGCAAGAGUGAUAACCAGGUACAGAAGAUGACUUGGGAGGAGAUUGUGGAUUGUUUGGGAAAGCAUGCCCAUGCGAACAUCGAUGCCCUCUUGGACGACUUGGACCCGUCCCACAUUCCCCCCGAGGUGACGCGGCCAUCAGUUGACGCCGCCGUGGCGUUGGGGGACUGGCUUGCCAAGAACUUCCAGAUGACGGCGCGCGCCAAGGAGGUAACCAAAGACUUCAUGGAGCCCCGCGCGCGUUUCGCACCCAUGCCGCCCCCCACCCUCGCGUCUGCGGAAAGCAUCGCCAACAACUGGAACGUCAAAGCUUCCGCGCAGAAUCCCUUCACCACCGACGCCGACAUCAGGGCUUUGCAGCUGGAUUGCGUCAUUCUGACGCACAUGGGCUUCCUCCCCGUCGCAGACCGUCGCGUCGCUGCGGCUGCGUGCGCGGCCGACAGCGAGAGCUUCGUGAGAGCCGCCGGCCGCGUGAUGAAGUGGGGCCCCAGCGUCGCCCUCCGCGACCUGCGCGAGUUGGCGCCCGAGGACGCUGCGGGCGCGCGCGAGGAGGGGGGCCAAGGCGUGGCCGAUCAGAUCUGCCAAGGCUUGAAGGACGUGCUCGGCGGCGAGCCGGUGGAUCUCGACCAGCUCCGCGCUCUGGAGGCCCCUCUCGUCGCCGAGGUGCGCGGCCAGAGCGUGCCGGCGUCGCAGGCGGGCGCCCCUCCGCCCGCGGGCCCGCCGAGCCAGCUGGGCGCUUCGGCCGCGACAGCGUCGGGGCUCACGCAAGCCGCGCCCCCGGCCGCAGACGAGGCAGCGGCAGGGGCUGGAGGCUCUCGCAAAAGGAUGCGCACUGAGGCCCCGCUGGCGAAGGGCAGUUUCGAGGGGGAGCCUGGGCUCAAGAAGAAGAUCCUGAUGUCUAUCCUGAGCAGCGCUCAGGACCCGCGCGCGGCUGCCAAGAACAAGUCCUCGUUCGCUGGGGCCACCCCAGAGGUCAUCGAGGGCCCCAUGCGCCUGAUGAUUCGGUUCGCCGACGCCGCUGGCUUCGGAGCGCUCCAACACGGAGGGUCCGCGGUGCAAAUGCACCAGGUGCCUGCCGAGCACAAAGACACUGUUUACCAGGGGCUCCAAUCGCGCUCGGGCCUCGCGCCAAAAGGCACGAAGAAGAUGAAGGAUGCAAAUGAUGCUCGGGUGCCGUCGUCGGACUUCGACUUGGCAAACUUCAUGAGCGAGGCCUCCCUUCUGGGGGGCAUCUUGAAGAACGCCGCCUGA